AUGGCAACUCUGAAGAUUUAUGCUGAUAGGAGGUCCCAACCAACUCGUGCAGUUAUCCUUUUUUGCAAGGUUGCUAAACAAUCCACUAAUAAUUAUUGUAGGGUUAAUGGUAUUGCAUUCGAGGAAGUUGAAACAAAACUCUUUAGCAAUGACCUCCAAACUCCAGAAUAUUAUGCAAUCAAUCCUCUAAAGAAACUCCCGGCAAUAGCUCAUGGAGAAUUUACACUCUUUGAGAGCCAUUCCAUUCUAAUGUACCUUGCUUGUGCCUAUCAUGUACCUGAUCAUUGGUAUCCAACUGAUCUUUGCAAGAGGGCUAAGCUUCAAUCUGUAUUGGAUUGGCACCACACCAACUUACGCGCCGGUGCAAUGGGAUACUUAGUGAACACAAUAUUGGCGCCAUUUUUCGGAGAAGCUCCAAAUCUUGAGGGUGCAGCUGAAUGUGAACGAAAGUUGGUUGAAUCCUUUUCCACCAUUGAGAAAGUGUGGCUCAAGGGUGAUGCCAAAUUCUUGCUAGGCAACGAUAAACCCUCCAUUGCUGAUCUUUCGCUCGUUUCGGAGAUCAUGCAACUUCAUAUGUUGUCUGAGGAAGAAAGGUGCAGAAUGAUAGGCCCAUAUAAAAAAGUUCAGCAUUGGAUUGCGAAUGUGAAAGAGGAAACUAAUCCUCAUUUUGAUGAAGUUCACAAGUAUCUUUUUGAUGUUAUUGCCAGUUUCAAGCAGAAUGCUUAAUAAUCUUUGAGAACUACAAAUGUCUCUUGAUUUUUAAUCAGCUUUUUAGAAAGGUUAAUUAUAAUUCUUCUAUAUAUGUUUUUU